GCGGUGGCGGGGCCCGCACGUCGGGGCGGCGCGGCGGUGACCGGAGUGGGGGUGAUCGGUGUGGCUGUGGUCAGCGUGACCGUGGUCAGUGUGACGGUGGUCAGUGUGACUGGCUGUGAUCGGUGUGGCGCUGGUCAGUGUGGCUGGUGGUGGUCAGUGUGGGGGUGAUCGGUGUGGCGGUAGUCGGUGAGUCUGGUGGUCGGUGUGGCGGUGAUCAGUGUGGCUGGCGGUGUUCGCAGUGGCGGUGUUCGGUGGGGCAGUGAUCGGUGGGGCAGUGAUCGGUGGGGCAGUGAUCGGUGGGGCAGUGAUCGGUGUGCCGGUGUCCGGAGUGCCGGUGACCGGAGUGCCAGUGUUUGGUGUGGCAGUGGUCGGAGUGGCAGUGGUCGGAGUGGCGGUGUUCGGAGUGCCGGUGUUCGGAGUGCCGGUGAUGGGCGGCACGGCGCUGUCGGGAGCGCUGUGGCUGGGGCUGCUGUGGGCCGGGAGCGGGGCCGGGGGCAGCUGCCAGGGAAAGUGCUGCCAGGGCCGGGAUGCCACCUGCGUCGGCGAGGGAUGGAGGGCGGGAGGUGGCUACGGGACCUGCUACUGCGACGAAGGCUGCCUGCGAGCCGGGGACUGCUGCCACGACCACGGCCAGGCGUGCCCGGCGAUUCCCUGUGUUGUGGGGGAGUGGAGUCAUUGGAGUGGCUGUGCAGAACAAUGUCAUCCCGGGCUGCGGAUCCGUAGGCGCUAUGUUCAGCAGGAACCUAAAAAUGGUGGGGAGCCGUGUCCAGCUCUGGAGGAGAAGGCUGGCUGCCUGGAAUACCUGACUUACCAGGGGGAAGACUGUGGCCAUGAACAUGUCCCUGCUUUCAUAACUACCUCUGAAUAUGCUAAAGAAAGAAAAAGACGAGCAGCAUCUUCUCUCUGGCCUUCAGACAAAGAAGCACCUGGGUACUGUGUGGAGUUCAGGACAGAGUCCCUCUCCCAGCACUGUGCCCUGGAGACGCGUCCGUACGCGCGCUGGAUGCAGUACCUGCGCGAGGGACACACCGUGUGCGUCGCCUGCCAGCCCCCGGCCAUGAGCACGGCCACACAGCGCUGCUCCGGAGAUGGCCACAACGCACACGGAGAUAAAAUCUUACACUGGGAAGCAAUUGGCAACUCUCAGUGCCAAGGAACCUGGAAGAAGAUCCGGCAACUGGAACACUGUUCCUGUCCCCUAGUGCACAGUUUUAUUUUUACAUGAAAGUUUAAAAGAUCUUUAAAAUGGCAACAAAAAGAAGAAGAAAAUUAACCAAUGCCAAGAAACCUACAUAUUUCUGCUGCAUUUUCAGGAGCCUUAACAAAUUUUAAAUGACUCGGAACUUUGGCAGAAGCAUUUCAGGAAAUUCUCUCUGCCUUAAUACGAAAUGCAAAGACUGAUCUCUGUAUUAGAACACUAGAAACAUAUUUCCAUGUUUCUCUUUUGUAAUUAAAGAGCUAAUGUUUCUAACCACAGUAGUUGCUUUUCCUGAAGUUCUCCAUCUUUACUGGCCACAGCCCGAUCUUACAGGUAUUGCUGCUACUCAGUAGUGAGCCAGCCAACUACUUUCAAAUCUGAGAAUAGUUACUGUCAACAUUUAAGAGCAAGAGUGAAUAAAAAUGAAGUUUUUGAGAGCUAAAACAAAUUUCAUUUUAGAUCCUUUGUUCCUCUGCAGUAUCAUCUAAACAAUUUUCUAUACUACAACUGCACAAAUAUUCUUACUCUACAGUGCAGUUUUUACCUUCAGCUGCCUUCACACAGACCUAUAUCUAGUCAGCAUUAUUAAGGAAAUUGUUUCCUCAGAACUUCAUGUCAAUAAUACACAAUACAACUUUUUUUGGCAGAUGAAUCUAGACAAGACUUUGGGACUAAGGUCUUGGCUAAGAGUAAAAAAUUUAAUUAUUACUAGUUAAAAAUGCUCAUCUACAACAAUUAACAUAAGAACCUGCAACAUCUGACCAAUGGCAAGGCUGCUAUGCCGGUUGAGAAUAUUUCCUGUUAAGACAGGCAGCAUCUCCAUGCAACAUAAGACUUCCUGGAAGAAACCACAGCAUCUCUUGGCAGAAAUGAGGAAUGUGAUUUGCUUGAAAUUCUGUCCACAAUAAGUGUGUUGUGAAGCAAACCUUUGAACUGUAUUUCCCCAUUUUAUUGUAAUGAAAGCAGGCCUCCAAAACAGAAAGCAGAGAUUAUUUUAAUAGCUUCUGAACAUUUCAGACUUCAAGAAUAUAUGUUUUCCUUUUUAAUGGGGAAAAAUUAUCUCAGAAAACUUUGUUUUAUUAUAACCAAUUCAGAGAGGUACUUUACCUUGUAAGAUCCUUGGAAAAUAAAAACCUUUGCCAAGAAAAAAGGGUAGAGAAAGCAUCUGAAUUCAAGGGAUUUAAUUUUUAAAAGAAUGCUGUAUUAUGUUAGUUGAAGUCACUAGAUCCACACCAGUAUGACAGUGGAAAGUAUGAGUUUUCUGAGAUUGUGGAAAUAUCUUCCAAACGGCACAAGCUAGUGCCAUCAUCCAUCUGUUCCAAUCUCCCAUGAGCAGGAGAGUUGCAGAGGCCAGCAGAGACCCUGACAGUAAUCCCCAUCAAAGUGAAUUGUUGUUACUGGCAGUGUAGACUCAUUAUUGAGCCCCACUUUGGCCAUGAUUCUUUGAGCUUUCCCAUUCCUGCUGGUCUGGAAGAAGUCACUUGUCAAGACAAGGUAGGUGGCACAAGCUAACCAAGAGAUGCUAAGUGCCUGUAUAAGUGUUCCUUUCCAUGUAGAAAACCCCAAAAAAACCAAACCAAUCUCUUUAUUACUUACAACUACAACAUUAUAUGAAUGCACACAUUCUUAACUGCAGGAAAAAAACCCA